AUGUAUUUCAAGCGCAAAACGCGACCUAUUUCAACAGCGUUGUUUCUGAUUACCGCGACAUAUGUCCUAUUCUUCUGGCUACCCUCGACAUCAUACUACAAGCGCCUACCAAAACCAAUCUCUAGAAAAGACACGACCGUCCGAAAAGAUGCAAUCCGCUUAAACAAAGUUGCAGAACAUUAUCCCGUGUCAGAAUUCAUUCCGCUGCCAACAAACCCAGCUUCCAUUCCACACAUCCAGUAUGACUUCCCACCAGAAUCCAACAGCGAGCGCAAAUCAAGACUCAAGAGGCAAAGAGCUGUCAAGGAGGCCUUUAUGCAUUCCUGGAAUGGAUAUAAGGAAAAUGCGUGGCUGCGCGACGAGGUGAAACCCAGAACCGGAGGAUAUCAGGAUACCUUCAAUGGGUGGGGCGCCACACUGGUCGAUUCCCUCGAUGCGCUCAUCAUUAUGGGCUUGGACGAUGAGCUUGAGCUGGCCCUCGAAGCUCUAGAGGAAAUUGACUUUACUACGACUGCUAGCAAACAAGUUCCGGUCUUCGAAAUCAUUAUUCGUUACAUGGGUGGUUUCAUUGCCGCCCAUGACUUGACGAAUGGCAAGCAUCCCGUGCUCUUGAGAAAGGCGGUAGAGCUUGGUGAGAUGAUUUUCAAUGCGUUUGAUACGCAUAAUCGCAUGCCCCAGAUGCGCUGGGAUUGGAUGAAAUCUGCCAAAGGCGAGGAAAUCACGCCCUCUCCUCGCAGCAGUCUAGCAGAAAUUGGUUCCUUGACCAUGGAAUUUACCCGCCUGACACAGUUAACGGGAGACCCUAAAUACUACGACGCCGUCCAGCGCAUUAUGAACGAGCUUGAGAUUGGUCAAGAUAAGACGCGGAUUCCCGGGAUGUGGCCAACCUGGAUCAAUACCGACAAAAUGGGAUUCGACGACUCCGAAUUCUCUAUCGGCGGAUGUGCCGAUUCGGCCUACGAGUACUUCCCCAAGGAACACAUCUUGUUGGGAGCACAGACGGAUCAAUAUCGUCGCAUGUACGAAAAAGCCAUUGACACAUUCAACGAGAACCUGCUUUUCCGGGCAAUGACCAAAGACGAGGAUCGGCAUAUCCUCUUCGCAGCAAAUGUCAUUGCCAUGAGAGGCAACACAAAGUCGUUCCAGUACAUGCCGGAUCAUCUCAAGUGUUUCAUGGGCGGGACUGUGGCGAUCGGAGCGAAGGUGUUCAAUCGGCCUGAGGACAUGUAUGUCGCCAAGGGUUUGACCGACGGUUGUGUCUGGGCAUAUGAUGUUAUGCCGACAGGCAUUAUGCCAGAGGUGUUUAAGGUCAGUCGUUGUAAACAGCACGAUGACUGUCCUUGGGAUGAGGAGCAGUGGUAUUCGGAUGUGCUUUCGCGGCCAAUCGACAACGAGGAGAUCAGAGAGAGGGCUGCGGAUCAAAUCGAGGCUCAUAAAUUCCCGCCUGGUGUAACUGAUAUUCGUGAUCCAACGUAUAACCUUCGGCCCGAGGCACUUGAGUCCGUUUUCAUCAUGUAUCGGAUUACUGGCGACAGGAACCUUUUGGAUACUGCAUGGCGCAUGUUUCAGAACAUUGAUAAGGCGACCCGGUCCAACUUCGGUCACUCUUCUAUCAAUGACGUGCGGGAGAAGAGACCGAAGCAAAUUGAUAAGAUGGAGAGCUUCUGGCUAGCUGAGACUUUGAAGUAUCUCUAUCUCAUCUUCUCUGAGCCAGAUCAUAUCAGUCUAGAUGAAUAUGUUCUGAGUACCGAAGCACAUCCAUUCAAGCGGGCCAAAGCAUAUCAUUCUUGA